AUGAAGCGUGAGGUGAUGCACUCAACCAUCAUGGUGAUUCAGGAGGACUUCAUACCAUCCCUGACAUUCCUUCCUGUCCUGCUACAGGUGCCAAUGGCCCUCUUGCAAUUCAUUGAGUUGCUGAGCCAGCAUGGCUACUUGGCCCUGCCCCAGGGGAACACCAUCAUCAACUACAUCAUCAAGCUCAGCAAGUCUGACUCAUCAAAUGAAGAGGACACCCGAAUAAUGUGUUCCAAAAUCCUACAGAUGGUGUCUUUGCCCAAACUGGUCACUUGUGUGUGUGAGCCCAACAACGUCGCAGCCUUUGUACCUCUGUGCAGGAUAGCCACAGAAAUGGCCCUGAAGGCCCGCUUGGUGGGCCGGGUUCCCUACCUCAGCAGCUUUCACUGCAGCCCCACCGAGUUCAUCUCACCUCAGAGACUCCUGACCUAUCUUAUGAUGGUUUCCCAGAAGCCCUACAGGGAAAAGGACUUUGGUGUAAGCGCUCUAAGGCUACUAUAUGCCCUGCAUCCUAUCACUUCCCUACACCCUGUUAUCCACUUCAAUGUGGGCCAGCUGUGGACAAAGAUGAUCCCACGGAUGUUGAAGAUACUAGAUGAUCACACUGAGAAGAACCUGAAUCAGAGGAAGUGGGAGGACAAGCUGCUCCAGUUUUUAAGACGGUCAUUAGUGGCCAUUGAUGAUGACAACUGGCAGAAUCACCUCAUCAGAGUCAUCUUGGAGAACAUAAAUUAUUUCAGUGACCCUGGCGAAGGGAAGGAUUUUCUAUAUAAAUUAUUUGGCUUCUCCCUGUGGACCUCAAGGAACGAGCAACUGGUGAAGAUGAUGCUUUCGUCCAUCCUCCAAACUUCCCAUGAGAACCUGCAGGAGAGGGAGGGCAUCGCUGCGGCAUUCAGCAUCGUGUCUGUGAGACAUCUGAAUAUAGUCCUGGAGCAACUGCGAGUGUACAGUGCUGUGCUCACGGACAAGGAAUCAUCGUACAUCCUCAGACUGGAGAAGGAACAUCAGCAGAAGGAAUGGGUGCAGACCUGUAACACCAUCUACUUAAGCUAUAGCAAGAUUAUGUCAGAGAGCAAAGGAGCCAUCUUCACGCACGUGGAUGACAUCCUGGCCUUGGUCCUGCAACACUACCACGACUGCAUUGUGGAAAAGGAUAAGAACUUGAAGCUGGGUUACCUGAACGCCCUGACCAUACUGACAAACAUCCUGAACAGCCAGCAGUACGUGGCCUUCCACGUCAAGUUACCCCACAAACUAGCGAUUGUAACUGUUAUGGUGGAGCUAAUCAAGGAGGAGCCGCUGAACUCCCUCUCCAGCCCCAUUAGACAGAAGGCAAUGAACAUCAUCACUAACUUUAGGAUGCUCACGCCCCUCUUAGAGAUAGAAAAGAGAAUAGAGCUGCUCCGAGCAUGCUUCAAGAGUGUGCUCUGCCUGCCGCCCAUAGACGUUUUGCAAAAGGAGGCAUCUAGUCCCAAGGAGGCCCAGGACAAUGUGGAUCUGUUUAAGGAGACCAUGCAAUCCCUCCAAGGGCUAAUGGAGGCACUUAUUGUUGAAAUGCCCACCCGGAUCCAGAACUGCUUGGAGUUUAUGGACGCAUGGCUCAAUUCCCAGAAGGACCAUGAGCGGGAGCGGGCCAUGUGGUGUACUGCCCGGAUUCUUGGCUUUGCUGCAAAAACAGAUGACUACAACAUGGGAACUGAGUUCACACAACUAGGGCGCUUGGUAAAACUGCUGGUCAUGCGCUGCCAGGACCCAGUGGACAACAUCUGCUUCCUGUCUUCCCAGGCUGUCUACAACCUCUACUGUAUCCUUUUGAAGAAAAAAAAGAUGAAGAAGAAAAUAGAGGGCUUGUGGGAAGAAGAGGGCAAGAGUGAAGUUUAUAGUGCCAACUUGUUCUAUAAAAACACCUCUGAGAUUGCCAAGGCAUUCGCAGAGUACUUCAAUGAGACCCAGCUCACCAACCUGGUACUGACAGCCAUGGAGGAACUGACUGGCAGCAGGGCCAAGGUGUCUCUGGCUGCAGCCCAGUUGAUGAGCGCUGUCAUGAAGGAACGGGGCACAGACAUGAUAAAGGUGGAGGAAAUUGUGGAGGGCGUCCUGGAACGGCUCAAAUUGCAGCUGGAGCCCAGCACGAAGGAGGAGACCCUGCGGGCCAUGUGCUUGCUGGCAGGCAGCAACACCCACAGUGUCCUGCCGUUGCUGCUCAACAAGCCCCUCCCUUGGGACAGAACAAUUCUGGCCCUGUGGAAGGUGUUCGGCACCCAGAGAGAGACCACGAUCAACGUCCUGCUGCUGCUCAUAGGCAUCCUGGAAAACCAGUCCUCAGAGGGAGCGACGGAGAUGGCCCUCCAGCCUGUGGCGGCGGCGUGCGCCUUGUGUGAGAUGCUGUCUGGGUCCCUGUGCCAGGAGGCCAUCCAGGAGCUCUGCCCUCGGCUGCUGUUGGCCGUGCUGCAUCAUCUCUACUGGGUGAUUGAGCAAAAUGCUCCCCAGAAGAUGGUGGUCUACAAGAAGGAUGGGGGCCCAGGCAAUAAGAGCAAGACCUUUGACCCUACCAGUUGUGCCCUGGAGGUGCUGAAGUUGGUGUGGCUGGCAGCUGCAUACGAUGAAGUGGUGGAAUAUGCAGAUCAGCAUAGGUGCUGGAAUCUUCUGUCCUGCCCCAAAUUUUACUACAUAGGGAUCAUGGAACUGACCAGUGGCAUUGUGAAGCACUGUGAACCGGCCAUGCUGCUCCGAAUUCUGAACCUUGCCAAGAACCUCCUCAACAGCUUAGACAAUCGUCAGAAGAUCCUGGCCAGGACCUUCUAUGCGCAGCUCCUCUGGCACCGAUCAGUGGCUAAGACUCUGGGGCAAGACUUUUUGGGCAAUCUAAUCAAGUGGGUCAAGGAGCCCAACCUAAUCAUGCAGGAACUCGGGCUCCGUGGAAUCAGUAACCUGGCACUGCACCCAGGAAACUCAGAGUCUCUGAAGAGCCUGGUUCCAUUCUUGCGAGACUUCCUGAAGUGUGAGGUGCGAGUGACAGUCCAGACAGUGAAGGCCCUGCGGAACAUCAUCUACCAUGGGCAGGGAGAGGACAUCAAGGUGGUCUUCUGCAGCAUCUCCAAGCAACUGCGUCCACUCAUCAAUGAUGAAAGGGACCAGGUGAGGAUCUCAGCCACCUCUUCCCUGGGCCACAUGCUAUAUCGAGUUGACAAAUUCAAACCUGGAUUCGUCCUUCGAAAAGAGAUCUACACUUUUUUAGUCCCACUGCUGCUUAGCUUUCAGGACAAAAGCACCGAGGUGGUUAAGGCCUGUGGAGGGGCCCUGGCUGAGUGGGCUAAUGUGAUUGGCUGGUCAUCAUUCACACAGACAUUUCGGCAUACCACCCUCAGUGAUCACAUCCAGGUGUUGGAAGAAACAUGCAAGUACCUGGUGAGCACAAGCAGAAAACAGUUAAUAGGGGAGUUACUGUUCCAGAGUUUCGGCUUCCUGAAGAGCAGUCAACCCUUUUUACGGGGAGCUACAGUCAAUUUCAUAGGAUUAAUUAUUGAGAAGAUAAACCUGCAUAACAUACAUGAGGAUGAUGUGCAGCUGUUACUAAACUCUCUUGAAAAUGUGAAGAAUGAUCCUGUGGAAUUGAACCAGACUUUGGUCAUCAGUCUUCUGAAAAACAUUGAGGAAUAUGUUAAUCUUGGGCACAGCUCUACUUCUAUUAUGACCCCUCUGAGACGUAGCAUCUUCAAAAUGCCUGGCAGGAAAGCCUCAAGAAGAAAGAGGCGACUAUUUAAGACUGUCAAACGAGAAGGAGAUAAUGAUGUCAGUCGGAGAAGGGAUUGGUUCCUAGGCCUUCUAAAUUCAUUGUACAACUGUUUCAGGGAAGGGUAA